AUAUAUGGGAGCAUGGGUGGAAAAAAGGACAUCACAGCGAACAUAAAAUACAGUCAACACCUCAAAAUCUAUUGUGAAUUUACAGCGAUAACAAGUGUGGGAGUUCAGAGCCAUAUUCUUACAGCACUACAGAUGGAUGGAUAUUUACCACUGAAGCGGCUUAUCCAAGUGCCUUCUUUGGGGACCGUCAGCUGGGAACCACACAUGGACCUGGAUAGCCAGGUACAGAUAGGCUAACUAGUGAGCUGUGUCUUUUUCCUCUUCCAUUUCAGGGCACCAGCAACUAUUACUGGCAUUCAAACAAGGCGAGCAGGAAGGGGAUGGAGCUCACCAACAUCCCCCAUCUUUCCUCCUCCUCCAGCUUCUUCUUCUCCAGCUGCAGAAGUAGAAGAAGAACUGGGAAGGCUGUGAUAACAGCGCUUGCUGCUGGUAGUAGGUGCAGUGCUGAUUCUGCAUGCCCAGAGCCCAUUGAACAGCAUAAUGUAGACAGCCUUUCAGUGGCCUCAGGUCCUGCAAAUACCCAAUGUUAUAGAAGGAGGGGUUUUGCUGCUGUUGCUCUGCUCCCUUUUCUACUUCCUCACGUUGAUAUGGCGAGUGCGGCUGACUCAUAUGAUGGAUCAAUUAUUCAAAACGGUGUGAGGAAUGUCUUAACCAAGGUGAAAGCAGCUGGCGUGCUUCGUUUGGUUUUCCAUGAUGCAGGGACUUUUGAUAUUAGUGACAAAUCAGGUGGCAUGAAUGGCUCCAUAAUCUAUGAAGCUGACAGACCUGAAAAUGCAGGACUUAGUAAAUCCUUAAAGAUACUACGAAAAGCAAAAGAAGGGAUCGACCAGGUUCAGCAAGUGUCAUGGGCGGACUUGAUCGCAGUGGCUGGUGCUGAAGCAGUUGCACUCUGUGGAGGGCCUGAAAUUUCCAUAAGAUUAGGCCGUUUAGAUUCCAGCACUGCUGAUCCUACCGGUAAACUUCCUGAAGAAACAUUGGAUGUUGUGGCCUUGAAAACGUCAUUUGGCAAAAAGGGCUUUUCGACACAGGAGAUGGUCGUUUUAUCUGGAGCUCACACAAUUGGGGGUAAAGGAUUCGGGAAUCCAAAUGCUUUUGAUAACGCCUAUUUCAAAGUACUCCUUGAGAAGCCACGGCCGACUUCAUCUGGCAUGCCGAUAGGGCUGCCCACGGACUGGGCACUCACUGAAGAUGAUGAAUGCUUAAGGUGGAUCGAUAUCUACGCGGAGGACGAGGAUAAAUUUUUCGCCGACUUCAGAGAUGCAUACACCAAGCUUGUAAAUAGCGGAGCCUCGUGGAGAACAGCUUAGUUAGAAUUACUAAGUCUUUUUUUGUCAAUAAGGAGGUGCCACCCCCUGUUCCCCGGCCUCUGAAUCUAUUGAUGCACACAACAAGUGUAAGAUUCGUGGAAAUUGUCUGUGCUCAUUCCCUGUUUGUUUGGAGCUCGGGAAAUUUGUACGGAAAACAAACUACUGUUUGUCUGGCUCAUGCACGGAUCGACCUAGCGUUCCAUUGCUGGGGCCGCCGUUGUUGGUCCGUUUUGUUGACAUGAAUAGAUUUGCGCUAUUCCAGACUGAA